AUGAUGGAAGGAUUGAAAAAACGUACAAGGAAGGCCUUUGGUAUACGCAAGAAAGAAAAGGAUACUGAUUCCACAGGGUCGCCAGACAGGGACGGCAUUCUGCCCAGCCCUCAUCCCAAUGAGCCACCUUGCAAUAGCAAACCUGAGAGUGUGCGUGAAGGAGGAAAAAAAAAUUCGAAGAAAACGAAUGGAGCCCCAAACGGAUUUUAUGCAGAGAUCGACUGGGACAGAUACAAUUCACCUGAGCUUGAUGAGGAGGGGUACAGCAUCCGACCUGAGGAACCAGGCUCUACCAAAGGAAAGCACUUCUAUUCCUCCAGUGAAUCUGAAGAGGAAGAGGAGGCGCAUAAGAAGUUCAACAUUAAGAUCAAGCCUUUGCAGGCUAAGGACAUCCUGAAGAGCGCAGCGACGGUGGAUGAGCUGAAGGCGUCAAUAGGCAACAUUGCACUUUCUCCGUCCCCUGUGAGGAAAAGUCCGCGGCGCAGCCCGGGGACGAUUAAAAGGAAUUUAUCCAGUGAGGAGAUCGCACGGCCCCGGCGCUCCACGCCGACGCCAGACCCCGCCAGAGAGGUCGUCUCCUCCCAGAGACAGCUGGCUCUUCUCAGCUAUCACGAAAUGGCCGCUGCCACUUCUACUCUAGAUCAGCCUGAGAUAUGGGGUUCGGUGCAGCCCGUCAACGCAAACGUAGAGUCCCCAAAGCUACCAAGACCUUUUCCAACUGGAACACCUCCACCACUCCCACCAAAAAACAUCCCGGCCACGCCACCGCGCACCGGCUCUCCUCUGACGGUGGGAAUAGGAGGGGACCAGACAGCAGCAGAGCUCAAAAGUGACAAACUUCCGUCCAUCAAUGACUUGGACAGCAUUUUUGGCCCCGUGCUAUCCCCCAAGUCUGCUGCUGUUAAUGCAGAAGACAAGUGGGUCAAUUUUUCCGAUCAAUCCCCGGAAAACAUGACUCCAGAGUUGACGCCCCGGGAAAAAGCGGGGUCCCCACCAGUGGCAGCGGGCAGCCUGGCUGAUGCUCCAGUGGCCGAGCCCUCCCGCCCGCUCCCCUCGCCGCUCCACCUGGAAGAGGUUCACAAGAAGGUUUCUGAGCAGCCCCACCUUAAGGAUGAUAACUUGGAGCCAGCUGCCUCUCCCAAAGAUUUUGGGCUGGGACAAAGAGCGACCCCGCCUCCCCCUCCUCCACCCACCUACCGGACGGUGGUCUCCUCACCCGGACCGGGCGCCAGCAGCGGCACGGGAAGCACCAGCGGUACGUCCUGCGGCGUUGGGUGUGCUUCGGUGUGGCUGUGACCGCAUCCGCCGUCCCCUCCUGCCUGGUUGUGCCUGGCGCCCGUGCUCCCACCUGGCCGUCUUGGCUUUGGCUAGCUGUCCAGGCCUUUUAGUCCUCCUAUUCACUCAUCCAGCCCUCCUCCGAUAGCACCUUUAGCCCGUGCUGAAAGUACUUCUUCCAUAUCUUCCACCAAUUCCCUGAGUGCAGCCACCACUCCCACCGUUGAGAAUGAACAGCCUUCCCUCGUUUGGUUUGACAGAGGAAAGUUUUAUUUGACUUUCGAAGGCUCAUCGCGGGGACCCAGCCCCCUCACCAUGGGGGCACAGGACACCCUUCCCGUUGCUGCCGCCUUCACGGAAACCGUCAAUGCAUACUUCAAAGGGGCCGACCCGAACAAGUGUAUCGUGAAGAUCACGGGGGAGAUGGUGCUGUCGUUUCCAGCGGGCAUCACCCGACAUUUUGCCAACAACCCUGCUCCGGCUGUGCUCACCUUCCGCGUGCUGAACUACAACAGGCUGGAGCAUGUUCUGCCAAACCCCCAGCUCCUCUGCUGUGACAACACACAGAGUGACGCCAACACGAAGGAGUUCUGGGUCAACAUGCCAAAUCUGAUGACUCACCUAAAGAAGGUAUCGGAACAGAAACCGCAAGCCACCUAUUACAAUGUGGAUAUGCUCAAAUACCAGGUAUCUGCCCAGGGUAUUCAGUCUACUCCAUUAAACCUUGCAGUGAGCUGGCGGUGUGACCCUGCAAGCACUGACCUCCGCAUUGACUACAAAUACAAUACAGAGGCAAUGACCACACCGGUAGCUCUAAACAACGUCCAGUUCCUUGUCCCCGUCGACGGAGGAGUAACCAAACUUCAAGCUGUGCUUCCUCCUGCUGUCUGGAAUGCUGAACAGCAAAGGAUAUUGUGGAAGAUCCCUGAUAUCUCUCAGAAGUCAGAAAAUGGAGGUGUGGGGUCUCUACUGGCCCGAUUCCAGCUCUCGGAGGGGCCGAGCACCCCGGCCCCCCUGGCUGUGCAGUUCACCAGCGAGGGGAGCACGCUGUCCAGCUGCGACAUUGAGCUCGUCGGCGCCGGUUACCGCUUCUCCCUCAUCAAGAAGAGGUUUGCGGCAGGUAAAUACUUGGCUGAUAACUGAUGGAAGCUUAUGCAAGUCUAUGGAAAAUAAUAUGGAAAAUACCCAAGGACUGCUGUGCGUGGAACGGGUUUUAAUUACAGUUUAAGGAAAAUGAACUAAAUCCUGCACUCGGGACAUUUCUGUUGGAAGUGUCAACAACUUUCAGCAUUUUUUCCUUGGAAAACACCGUCUUGACCAGUCCUACAGUAUUUACUUCUAGAUGUAACAUUGUUAAUGGUUUUAAAAUGUAAUUAUUGUAUUUGUAAAUUGUACUCAUUCCAGUAAGGCUGUAUUUUGGCAGUUAGACACUUGAGUUUUAGCAUUUUACCAUUCAUGAAAUGGAUGUAAUUUAAACUGUGGUAUAUAAAUUUAAUAGUAGUACUGUUGAAUGGCACAAUGCUUACAGAGGUAGAUUACAUUUUGUCAAUAUAUACGAUUUAAAUACAGUACUGAUAGCUGUUAUGAAGGGGGUGCCUCAUAAAGAGAG